AUGUUACGAGGAUCAUUGCCAAUUCCAGGGCCGUCAAUGGAAGUCUAUUCUGUUUCAAACAAUGAAUACGCAGGAAAAAUUCCAGCAACAUUCUGCAACACGGGGACCCUAAAUGUUCUUGAUUUGUCUAACAACAACCUGAACGGCAUGAUUCCCCAAUGUUUUGAGAAUCUCAGCGAUCUUGAGAUAUUGAAACUGCAGAACAAUUCUUUUCACGGGGAUAUUCCUCGAAUAGGUUCAAACAGAUGUUUGGACUUAGAAGCGAUUGACUUGAGUUAUAAUCAGCUACAAGGGAAGCUCCCAAGAUCAAUUGCCAAUUGUGCUCAGUUGAUGGUUCUUAAUUUGGGAAAUAAUCAGAUCAGUGAUACCUUCCCCUCUUGGUUAGGAGUGCUUCAACAAUUAAGAGUUCUCAUUUUGCGGUCUAAUGCAUUUCAUGGCAUAAUUGGAAAGCCUGCAAGUAGCCAUGAGUUCCCUAAGCUGUCCAUCAUUGAUUUAUCUAGCAAUGAUUUUUCAAGUCUGUUGCCCUCCGACUACUUAGAGAACUGGAAUGCCAUGAAAUCUGUUGAUGCAAACGAGAUACACAUCCAAUACAUGGUCUUAAGCAGUGGGGUAUAUGGAGACACGUUCUACUACGAUUACGCGAUUAGAGUCUUUGGAAAAGGUGUUGAAUUGAAGUAUUUCAAGACCCCUUAUCUUUUGAGACUCAUAGACCUCUCAAGUAACAGAUUUGAAGGAGAGAUUCCAGGUAUCAUUGGGAACCUAAGAUGGCUUAAUGUGCUCAACCUUUCCAACAACACUCUUACUGGUCUCAUCCCCUCUUCUUUGGGGGCCUAG